AAUUAAUUAGAUAGAUGUCUCCUUCGAGAUACCGUGCGUUGCGCGCACGCCUUGAGUGCAUUGCAAUUUAGUUGUUGGGUCCAUUCGGUGCAUAUAACCGCAACAAUAACGGAGGUGUUGGCUCCACGAUGACGAGCCAAGAGAAGAGCCUGGAGAAGCAUCAACAGCCAGCAGCAGCAAUGGAGGUCGAAGUGGAAGCGGAAGUGGAAGGAGGUGUCGAUCUCUCGCCCCACGUAGUCAUGCUGUCGAGCCCCGGCAUGGGCCACCUGAUCCCGCUCGCCGAGUUCGCGAGGCGCCUUGCCGUCCAUCACGGCUUCUCCGUCACCCUCAUCGCCACCGCCGACUUCGCCUCCUCCUCCGUCCACCGGGUCUUCGUUGACUCUCUCCCGCCCGGCGUCGCCUUCGUCACCCUCCCCCCCGUUGACGUCCCCGACGGCAUGGACAUCACCGCCACAAUCUCUCUCACCAUAGUCGAAUCGCUUCCCGCCCUCCGCCGCAUCGUCUCAGGGCUGAAACGGACUGCCCGCCUCGUGGCGUUCGUCGCGGAUCUCUUCGGCACCGACACCUUCGACCUCGCGAGCGAGUUCGGCAUUCCUCCCUUCAUCUUCUUCGCCUCCAACCUAUUCCUCUUGUCCUUGUCCCUCCACCUGCCCGCACUCCACGAGACCAUGCCGCGGCUUCCUGACCCCGUCACGCUGCCAGGAUGCCUCCCGAUGCAUUGGGCCGACCUCCCGAUCGUGGUGAAGGACUGGACGACCGAAGAGUUUAUGUGGCUGUUGUACCAUCUGAAGCGUUACGAGAAAGCCGAAGGGAUUCUGGUGAACAGCUUCCAGGAGAUGGAGCCGGAGACGGCAGCGGUGUUGAAAGAGAAGAAGCCCGGCCAGCAGCCAAUCCACCUGAUCGGGCCGCUCGUGCAAAAUGGGGGGUCGAGUUGGAGCCCGGAAGAGUCGCUGUGCUUGAAGUGGUUGGACGAACAACCAGAUGCGUCCGUGGUGUAUGUUUCUUUGGGUAGCCUCGGAGUGUUGAGCCGCGAACAGAUCAAGGAGAUGGCUCUCGGGAUGGAGAUGAGCGGCCAUGGGUUCCUCUGGGUGGUCAAAAGCCCAGCAGCAGAAGAGGGCGCCGCCGGAGGCAGCAACGCUGACCCGGAGAGCUACUUGCCCGAAUGCUUCUUGGAGAGGACGAAGGGAACGGGGUUGGUGGUGUCAUUCUGGGCGCCGCAGGUCCGGAUCCUGAGCCACCGGGCGGUGGGGGGCUUCCUGACACACUGCGGGUGGAGCUCGACGUUGGAGAGCGCCGUGCACGGGGUGCCCAUGAUCGCGUGGCCGCUGUACGCGGAGCAGCCGAUGAACGCCCUGAUGCUGGCGGACAGGCUGAAGGUGGCGCUGAGGGUCAAAGCAGGGGAGGACGGCGUCGUCCGGAGGGAGGAGAUUUCGGCGGCGGUGGCCGAGUUGAUGGAGGGGGAGGAAGGCCGGGCGGCGAGGGAAAGGGUGAGGCAACUCCAGGUGGCAGCCACAGCGGCCGCUGCCGUAGGUGGGACUUCCCACGAGGCCCUCGCGGAGGUAGUCGCCAAAUGGAAGGAUUCGUCUUGAGAACCUCUCCUCUGUUCUACCAUCACAACGACACCAGUACCGUUCAUCUCACUCAUACUUUCAAUCUCGUCCGUUCAUUAAUCUAUCAGAUCAAACGAACGGUUGGAGAUUAAGAGAAGCAGUGACGUGGGCACCACUCUGUAAUUUAUGCAGGUUAAUCAUUUGUAAUAAUUCGCUUGAAAUUUACGAAGCCACCACAAUAGAUAAUAUCAAGUGGUAGCAUCAAGUUUGACUUUAA